AUAGCCCAGGUCUUAUACAGUAGCAGGCAUUCGAUCUUCUGAAGAGACAGGAAAGGACUUCUUCCACUCAAAGUUAAAAUGGACCAAAAAGAAUUCACCCAAGAGAAAAAUAAAACACAGAUUGAAAGAACUGAGCCAAAAACUCACGUGAGGGACCAGUGGGCUACGAAAAUGGAGUUUAUCUUGGCAGUGGCUGGACACAUUGUGGGUCUUGGAAACGUUUGGAGAUUUCCCUACCUUUGCUACAAAAAUGGAGGAGGGGUUUUCUUCAUUCCCUAUAUUAUAUUCUUGUUCACCUGUGGCAUCCCCCUCUUCUUCCUUGAAACAUCUUUGGGUCAGUUCACCAGCCAGGGUGGAAUAACAUGUUGGAGGAAAAUAUGCCCUCUUUUUGAAGGCUUGGGAUAUGGAAGCCAAGUGGUCGUCUUGUACACUGGGGUAUACUAUAUUGUGAUUUUGGCCUGGAUUUUUCUCUACCUGUUUUCAUCCUUCAGAGCUGAGCUGCCGUGGGUCAGCUGCAACAACAGCUGGAACACAGGUAAAAGCAGACUUUCAGGAUCUCUUAAGUAUACGCUAAUUUUGUUCGCUUAUCCCCACAUCUCUGCUUUCUUGGAAGAUUCUUGUUUUGAGCACAGUCAGAAUGACACAUCUUCUCUGCACCUGUACACAAACACAACAUCUUCAGUGGUUCAGUUUUGGGAGAGGAGAAUCCUGGGGCUGUCAGAUGGGAUCGAUAACAUUGGAAGUGUUCGUUGGGAUCUGGCACUAUGUCUGCUUCUUGCUUGGGUGUUGUGUUAUUUCUGUGUCUGGAAUGGAGUUAAAACUACAGGAAAGGUGGUUUACUUCACAGCUACAUUUCCAUACGUGAUGCUAGCAGUGUUGCUUGUCCGUGGUCUGACUUUACCAGGAGCCAAAGAUGGAAUCGUUUUCUACCUCUACCCUGACCCAUCCCGCCUCGCUGACCCACAGGUAUGGAUGGAUGCAGGCAGCCAGAUUUUCUACUCCUAUGGAGUUUGCACAGGUGUUCUGACAUCUUUGGGAAGUUACAACAAAUACAGCAACAACUGUUACAGGGACUGUAUUUACCUAUGCCUCUUAAACAGCUUAACCAGCUUUGUAGCUGGCUUCGCAAUUUUCUCUGUUCUUGGUUUCAUGGCAAAAGAGCAGAAUGUGGAAAUUUCAAUGGUAGCUGAAUCAGGUCCAGGCUUGGCAUUUAUUGCUUAUCCUCGAGCUGUGGCAUUAAUGCCCCUACCUCAGCUUUGGGCAAUAUUCUUCUUUGUUAUGAUCGUCUUCUUGGGAUUAGAUAGUGAGUUUGUGUAUGUGGAGUCCUUGGUUACAACCAUCUCCGACAUGUUUCCCUCCUUCUUUCAAAAAACCCGUCGACGUAGACUUCUACUUUUCGGCAUUUGUGCAGGCGGUAUCCUGGUUGGUCUGGUGAUGGUAACUGAGGGAGGCCUUUACGUUUUCCAGCUGUUUGACUACUAUGCCUGCAGUGGGAUGACACUUUUAUUUUUUGCUAUUCUUCAGUCCGUCUGUAUUGGAUGGGUUUAUGGUGCAGAACAACACUACGAUAAUAUACAGGAUAUGAUUGGUUAUCGCCCCUGGUCUUUCAUGAAAUAUUGCUGGAAAUACUUCACACCAGCUAUCUGUACUUUCACGUUUCUGUUCUCUGUGAUCAAACAUAAGCCUCUAAAAUUUAACAACACGUAUGAAUACCCAUGGUGGGGAUACGCCUUGGGACUAUUCUUCACUCUUUCUUCGACGUUGCUUGUUCCACUUUGGAUGCUGUAUGUUGUAAUUGUCACUCCAGGAACACUUAAGCAGAGGCUGAAACAUCUCUGCACUCCAGUGAAGGUUGUACCACCUGAAACAGUAAAGAAAGAAUCAAACCCUGAAGCAUUUCGCUCGUUUACAGACUUGUCCACACUUCGUACAGUAGAGCAUCCAAACAGUACAGAGGGCCAAAUUCUGAGGUCAUCUAUAGUUUGAUCUAUCUAUCUAUCUAUCUAUCUAUCUAUCUAUCUAUCUAUCUAUCUAUCUAUCUAUCUAUCUAUCUAUCUAUCUAUCUAUCUAUCUGUCUGUCUGUCUGUCUGUCUGUCUGUCUGUCUGUCUGUCUGUCUGUCUGUCUGUCUGUCUGUCUGUCUGUCUGUCUGUCUGUCUGUCUGUGAAGCUAGCUAGCUCCUGGAUUAUUCAGAUUUUACAAUUAAGAUUAAGUGUAAUAAUGAUUAUUGAUCAGUGUUUAUAUACAUUUUCUUAAAUGUGAACUUUAAGUCUUUAAAAUGUUAUGACUCAUUGCUCACAGUCUCGUAAAACUAGGUGUCAAACUAUUUAUGAGGGCUUGUGUCUGGGAAAUUUUGGUUUCAAUUUAAACAUGAUUAAAUCGAUAAUUCAGGAUAUUAGAACUUGACUUAUGGAAGCACAGUACGGAAAUAAAUUGGACAAAGGACAUAUUAAAAUGUGGUAGGACUGUGGCCCUUUGAUAUCAUUCUAAGCCAGUCUUUAGCUUCCUCCAAAGAUUGUCAAUGAGAUUCCAGUUGUGACUUGGACUGAUUGAUCCACAUCACAAUUGCCUCCAGUCAAAACAAACAUGUUAU